AUGCGUCGUCUUUGCUUCGCUUUCUUGCUGCUUGCAGCGUCCGUCCGUACACCAACGAAUAGAGCACUGCCUAUUAUUCUACCCACAUCUCUUUCGAAGGCAAAAGGAGUUGCAGAGCAUGUGCGAUUGUCCACGGUGAUGCUUCGUGAACAACCAGCGAACGUAUACACUGAGCGAUUAUCUGCAUGGCCCCUCGGCAAAAAAAAGCACUUCGUUUUUAAGCUGUAUAAGGUCAUCCUUUUCGAGUUUAUCACGGAUCGAUAUCCAGAACUUUGGUGCGCAGUAGAGAAGUCGAUCGAAAAACAUAGUGCAUUUAAUGUGGCAUCGACGAUCAGCGCAUUGAAGAAGCACGGCACUGAGGUCUCGCGACUCCUUGCAGAAUGCAUGCAGAUUCAUUUGUUUGCUUUGUGGGAUUACGACGGUCGUUCAUCCGUUUACGUGUUCAAGGAACUCAAGCUCGACCGGGAAUAUUGGCAGUUCAAGGAUCAAUCCAGCUUCAGUACGUCACUUUCCUCGCUACCGACUACAGACAUGUUCUCUUUCUGGACAGGAUACGUGUACUUCGCCUAUGGAGAUGAUGCCAUGGAAACGAUGUUCGAGACAUUAACUAGAUUCUAUGGCCAUGGAGAACAAGCCAAAGAUAUCGUCGCAGCAACGAAAAACGAGGGAUCGAAAGAUCUUAUGUUGUUGUUGUACGCAUUGCAGAAAAACGACCAGCCAAGCACAGUGACAGAGGAAAUGUUGAAGAAGGCGUUGACACACGUCGAAGGAUCGGAGCGCGAGAGUAAGAAACGCAAGCGGGAGUCACGUUGA